CCGUCGCAAACGCGAAGGGCGGGUGCCCAGGGAUGGCUCUGGAGGGAUCUUGGAGGUGAGGGAGGGCAGCCUUCGAAGCGCCGCUUUUGGCUGUCCCAGCCAGAUCCUAUUCUCCUUCCCCUCGUUAGCAUAGUAAUGGUUGUUGUGGGAAGGAGUGGCCGAAGCUUCCUGUGAUGAGGCAGGAGGGCCAUACAACCACCCCGCAAAGCAGGCCAGUUCGACUACUUCGUGUGGCAGUGGAAGAACCUGAGUGCUACAUACUCAGGAUUUGUCUGAGGUGAUGUGAAUAAGGAAGGGGACCACCAGGCAGCCAUGGAGCUUCCAAACUACAGCCAGCAGUUGCUUCAACAGCUGUACACUUUCUGCAAGGAGCAGCAAUUCUGUGACUGUAGCAUCCUGGUUGGGACAUCCCAUUUUCGGGCGCACAAGCUUGUGCUUGCAGCAGCCAGCCACUUGUUGAAAUGCCUGCUGGAGAGCACGGAUACAAUCUCUAUUGAUGCUUCUGUGGUGGCCCCGGAUGACUUUGCUCUGCUGCUAGAGAUGAUGUAUACAGGCAGACUGCCUCUUGGGAAGCACAAUUUCACCAAGGUAAUCUCUGGGGCGGACAAUCUGCAGAUGUUUGGCGUGGCUGCCAGUUGCAAAACCCUCCUCAGAGACCUCCUGAGCUGCUCGGAUCAAGAUCACACAAGGCGGGACUUCUCCAUUCAGACAAUUGGCACAUCUGGUGAAAACACUGCAAUUUUUAGCUCUUCUCAGAGCCCAGUGUUGGAUGCCAAGAUUACACUAGACUCACAACACUCAGUAAGGGUUUCUUCUGGUUCGGCAGACUGUGUUAACCCUGUCAGGGUACAAGGACAGGACACAAAUUCAGCCUACAAUUAUGAAGAAGCUGUGGGCCAGGAGACGCCGCUUCCCAGUUCUAGUAGUCAGGAUUCUGCAAUUUACCCAGGAGAGUCUGCUGAGGGACAGGGCUUCUGCAAUGAAAAGAAGAGCACUGAGCUACUAGAAGAGAGGGGCAUGGUUGAAGGGGCAGCUAGAUGGAAUCUUGAGGCCUAUGGGAAGAAUCUCUUGAGACGACACCGAGCUGCUCUUGCCAAAUUUGUUGUCAGCCCCCAGAUGUUGCAGAAAGGGCUCGCUGCAGUGCAGCAUCUAGGAGCUGGAAACCAAGAGCAGAUGGAGAAGAUUGCAACAGGUGAAGCCAGGUCUGGGGUGCUCACUGCGUUGGCCUCUGCAGCCCUGGAUGAACAGACUCUUUCAGCAACAGCCAUUUGGCAGGUGCUGCUGGUGCUGCAAGAUCAGGUGCCACCUCUGAAACGGUUCCUCGAGGAGGUGCAGAAGGAGGCUGAUGCUGACCUCUUCUUCCAAACCGGGUCCUUGACUGAAGGGGAAGGAGGUGUGGCUAAUGUCCAGCAAAAGCCAAUGGGAAAGGAGUCCCAGCUUGAAGCCCUGGGCCAAGAAGAAAAAGGUCAGAAGGCUGAGCUGCCCGAGGGUGCUGCCCCAAAGAGGAACUUUACCUGUAAGGCCUGUAGGAAGAGCUUCCGCUUCUACUGCCGACUCCAAGCGCAUGAGAAACACUGUUGUGUCCAGGUGCAGGCACCUCUCAGGACCUGCAGUGAAAUAGGAGCUUCCAAGAAGGAGCUUGAAAAGUGCCCCUUGAAGACUCCCGGCUCUGCCUCCCGGAGGAAGAUGAAAAAGCACCUCCCUGUGGCUUGCGAUAUCUGCGGCCGAGAAUUUGCUCAUGCUUCAGGGAUGCAGUACCACAAACUGACAGAGCACUUCGAUGAGAAGCCGUUCUCCUGUGACGAGUGCGGAGCCAAAUUCGCCGCCAACUCCACGCUGAAGAACCACCGGCGCCUGCACUCCGGGGAUCGGCCCUUCGUCUGCAAGCACUGCCAGACCUCUUUCUCACAGGCUUCAGCCCUUGCCUACCAUACCAAAAAGAAGCAUGCAGAGGGGAAGAUGUACGCCUGCCAGUACUGCGCCGCAGUCUUUGCGCAGUCUAUUGAGCUGUCCCGUCACGUGCGCACCCACACCGGAGACAAGCCCUACGUUUGCAGGGAAUGCGGGAAGGGCUUUCGACAAGCAAAUGGGCUCUCCGUCCAUCUGCGUACUUUUCACAGCAUGGAUGAUCCCUACGACUGCAAGAAGUGCCAGAUGAGCUUCGCCACGCUGCAGGAGCACCGCAAGCACAUCCACACAGCCCACUCCAGGGAGUACCACCCAUGCGCAACCUGUGGGAAAGUCUUCAGCGCACCAUCCCUGCUGGAGCGCCACACGGUCACCCACAUUGGAGGGAAGCCCUUCAGAUGCGAGAUAUGUGACAAAGCUUAUCAGCAGCUGUCAGGGUUGUGGUACCACAACCGGACCCAUCACCCAGAUGUCUUCGCAGCCCAGAACCACCGGUCUUCCAAGUUCUCCUCAUUACAGUGUAGCUCUUGUGAUAAAACUUUUCUCAGUACCGUAGCCUACAGAAACCAUGCCAAGGAAGAACAUGCAGAUGUGGUGUUCCAUGAGUGUGAGCAGUGCGGGGGGUUCUUCCCCACCCUGGGUUUGUUGCGGGGUCAUAUGAAGCGUCAACAUCCGGGGUCUCAGGCAUUCCUCUGUCCACACUGCUCGGCUUCCUUCCACCUCCAGGAGACGCUCCAGCACCACGUUGCCACGGAACAUGCCACUCCAGCAGAACCGUCCCUCAGCUGUGGGCUGUGUGGAGAACUGUUUUCUGGGCAGGGGCAGCUAGAAGAACACAGUGGGACUGAGCACCCCAAAGUAGUUUUUGCAGGUUCACAAAUCCCUGCAGCCCAUAUAGUGCAAGUGAUUGAAGCCCCAGAGCAGGUGAUUGCUCUCACAGAGUCAGAGCUCAGCAGCUCCCAUGUGUUUCUGACACUGCCGGAUGCCCAAGCAUGCCAAGGUAGAACGGAGCUGGUGACGGUGACCAUGGAAGAACUACUGGAUGAGAAAGUCACUCUGAUUUGCAAAGAAGUUGAGUGAGGGAGGACCUAAAAACGCAUCUAAAAAGCUGCCUUUGUCCAGAGGAAUCUAGAAAUGGGCUGAAACUGGGCAGGUGUUUGCUGUAGAGCCGACCUAGGCUGUGCGGAAACUGGUCUGGAAAUAUGGUAGGAAAGGAAGGGGCCAGAGGAUCUAAUGAGGAGUAACACCAGCAAUUCCCCUUGAAGCAGCACCAGCAUUCCCCUGGUCAGAAUCAAAUGCUGGAUGGUUUUCUCUAUCAGCCAGUUCGGCCAGUCUUGUCUGAACAUGUCGCCAUCUUCAAGGUUCAGAUGGGCAAAGGAAGUCACAUUGUGGGUCCCACAUGCCUGUUCUCUCGGUCCUGCCUUCAACUUUCCCCUUUAAGCUACUGCGUGUACCCAAAAGUGUGUAAAGCACCUUAAGGGAAAACAUGUCGGCUCAGAUUCAGGAGCUUGAGCACCAGAGGAAAUGGCAGAGUGGGCCGGUUGGAGGAGCUUGGCAAGUCUAAUGAUACCACCAAGAGAAAGAGUUCAAGUUAGUCCUUCAGAGAACUUCCACAGCUGUAUCCCAGCCACCUGUGCCUUCUGUAUGAUCUCCAUCAUUGGACUUCUUCCAGGACAGCGUUUCCAUGUCAACUGUUUUGGGGGAAGCUCCAGUGUGAAAAUACAAGGAUGUUCCAGGAAUGUGAGUCCUUUAAGACAUUAUUGUUGAAAUUUGAAGUAAUCAAUAAUCGGGAAACAUACAAGAGCAGCCCGUGCUCCAGCAGUGAACAGAGAUAUUGAUAAAUCAGAUGCAGCCAUCUGAUCAGACUGAACUUUUUGACUGUGUAAUUUCAAUCAUGACUCUGAUUUUUUUUUUUUAAAUUGAGAUGCCAAAUUCUGUCUACCUCAUUCAAGACACGUGGAGCGGCUCAUAAACUGAACUGCCGUCCUUUGUGAUGCUCUUGAGUACUGAUGCAAGUCCAGAAGCACCUUAGAGACCGUGAAGAUUUUUAAUGUAUGUGUUUUUGAGAGUCUAAGCCCCCUUCAUCAGAUACUCUUGAAAGCUCAUACCCCAAAAAUCUCGUAAGUACUACCGGACUGGCAUCUCACUGUUCUCCUGCAAACUAACACAGCUAUCCUUUGAAGCUGGUUUCUUUGACAAUCCUAAAACCCUGAUCCCCUUUCCUCUGCACAACACCUCACAAUCUGAGUCCUCUUGUCCCACCUGUGUAACUGGAUGAAAGGAUCCAUUGCUAGGUUUUCAUGAUUUCUGCAGGUUUCUGCAGCCUGAUCCAUCUCACCUUUCCGAACCUGGAAUUUCAAAACAUGUUAAUGAGGAAGAAGACAGAAGAUCAGCCUGCCACUUGCGAGAGCUACAGCAACUUCAAAUAUUGAAAGAACUUUCUCCUGAUUGCUUUUUCUAGGGGUCUGUUGGUAUGGGUGACCUGGGAAUUUAAAGUAUCUCUGGAAAAGAGCUGUCCUGUCCCUUUCACCUGGGAGAGGAUCCACCUCUCCUACAAGCUGGCUGUAGAGAAAAGAGACCCGGUUCUCAGUUUUCCCCCUGGCAACCACCUGGGAUGUGCUGGGCAGAAGGAGAAAUGUGCACACCUUUGCAGUUGUCAGGGUCAAAGUGGUCCUAACCCCAUCAUCCCCUGCCAACCGCACAGGUAAGCAUUCUUCCAUCUGUCCACAUGCUCAUAGGCAUUCUAAUAUUCAGAGCAACCACCAAACACUUUCCAACAUCUGCCCUGCUGCCUUCAUGUUGUUAAGUGAAAAGCUUAUCCAAGUCUUUUUAGGGAAAUUAUAAGGACUCAGCAGCCACUGAAACCUUUAAUUUCUCAUUAAGUCUUCAACAUAUCCAGUAUUCCAUUAGAAGACCCUAAACUACAAACUGUGAACCUGUGUUUUGUACUAAGCAGACUGCUGGAGAGUUCUGGUGAACAGGAAAGCUUGUUAGCUGCUCUGUGAUAUGUUGAUCAGCCCUGAUUAAAAAAGAAUUUCAUGAGCGUUGAGAUUCCGGGUUUUUUUUUCUAAGGCUGCCUACAGUUUUGCCCGGUGUUGUUUCCUGAUCUGGCCAAAGGAUGGCAGCAGAUGGUUGUUCAAACUAUUGGAAUUCCAGCUACACGUGGCCUGCCCUUGAAACUGCCAGCUGCUGCGAUUGGCUGCAGUUUGUUCUCAUCACAGGUUGCGUGGCAGAACUUUGACCCCAAAGGUUAGGCUCAGCCAGGGGUUCUGACUAGAGUGCAAUCCAGCUUGCAAAGUAAGGAUCACAUAUACAGAUUUUUGUUUUCUUUGCACACCAUCUCUCCCUCUACAAAGAAGGGACAGAGAAAGAUCCUUCAGUCCUUCUGGGUUUCGUAUCAACUGGGCCUUCUCUUUUUUCCUCCCAGUUCUGUUUAUUACUGCACAUUAAGACACCACUGGAUGAAGCUCUGAGCCAACCCACGAUGAUGCAUUGCAGCAAAUUGGAUUAGUUAAAGUGAAAACUACGCUAGACCAUUGCAUCAUCUUGGAUUUUCUAGCUGAGAAAUACACCCACCGAACACGGGGAAAACUGUAUACAGUAUUUCUCGAUCUAAAAGGAGCGUUUGAUUCAAUACCGUGUAAUGCUUGUUGGCGGAAGCUAUCACAAGCAUCCCCUUUCCCACUGAAAGAUGUAAGCAUGGUCAGUGGCACAAGAGAGGACCAGACUUCUGCAGUAGAAAAUGAUGUGCCUUUAUGCACACAAGACUGAAUAUUUUUCCCUUUGCAAUGACAACCAGCAGAUAUAGGCAAGCCCCACAUGAGCAUAGAAUAUGUCCAUGUCAGUUAAGGGUACCUGAAACCACAAAACAUAUUGCUAUAUUGUCCAAGAUUCAGUGGCAGGCGAGUCCAACAAAUUCUACCAUUGUUACAAGAAUGCACUGGUCAGAUGAAAGAAAAUUCAGAUUUCUCCUAUCAGAUAUAAAAGCUGAAAUAACAAAAGUGGCUGAGUUUUUAGCAUAUGUUGCUGUACAACAGAACCUAAAUCAGUGUACUGUACUACUUUUGUAUUUAUACUGAUUUUAUAUGUUUCUCUGUUAUGCCAUUAAAGGUAUUUGUUGUCGCA